UGUGGGUUCCCACCUACACUGUUAGCUGCUGCUUUCUGCUUCAGCUGGAAAGCUGGAAGUAUUCGCAGUGUACCACAAACAGUGGGGGAGGGGGAACAAGAAAGACUGCUCUCUCGACACUUGUGCUUUUGUUAGUCCUACAGAAGAGGCAGAAAAACAAGAGAUAACAAAGGCUGUUUCCUUUCUGUGAGAGAAGGCUUUCGUCUUUCCUCCUGCAACAAUGUCAGUAUCUGGCAAGAAAGAGUUUGAUGUGAAACAGAUCCUAAGACUACGCUGGAGAUGGUUUAGUCAUCCUUCUCAAGGCUCACCCAACACUGGAAACUGCCUUCAGCAGGAAGGAUAUGAGCAUAGAGGGACCCCGGUUCAGGGCAGAUUGAAGAACCACUCUCGGGACAGAAAUGGACUGAAGAAAAGCAACAGUCCUGUCCACCACAGCAUACUACCAUCAGUGCCAGAAUUGGCCCCUGCCCAUCAAAGAGCCCUUCAGAACUGGCACUCACGAAAACUGAUAGAACAUCUUCGAGCAAAUGAAGAUACUCCUAAAGCAGUUCCAGGGAAUUUGUUCAAAGAAGCUUAUGAGAAACAGUCACAAGAUGUGGAGAUGAUGGCUGAUGACAAUACAGAAGAUUCUACAGCAGGAUUGGCUACACAGCAUGCUGAAGACAUGAGUGUUAGCAGAUCUGAGGAGCAGUUCCAUGCGGUAAACCAUGCACAAAAAACUCUUCAAAAAAUGGAGAACUACUUGAAAGAGAAACAAUUGUGUGAUGUGUUACUCAUUGCUGGACACCUCCGGAUUCCUGCUCAUCGGUUGGUUCUUAGUGCAGUGUCUGAUUAUUUUGCUGCAAUGUUUACUAAUGAUGUGCUUGAAGCCAAACAAGAAGAGGUCAAGAUGGAAGGAAUCGAUCCUAAUGCACUUAAUUCCUUAGUGCAGUAUGCCUACACAGGUGUCCUGCAAUUGAAAGAAGAUACUAUUGAAAAUUUGCUGGCUGCAGCUUGUCUCCUGCAGCUGACUCAAGUCAUUGAAGUUUGCUCCAAUUUUCUUAUAAAGCAGCUCCACCCUUCAAACUGCUUAGGGAUUCGAUCAUUUGGAGAUGCCCAAGGCUGUACAAAGCUCCUAAAUGUGGCACAUAGAUACACAAUGGAACACUUCAUCGAGGUAAUACAGAACCAAGAAUUCCUCCUCCUUCCAGCUAAUGAGAUUUCAAAACUUUUGUGCAGUGAUGACAUUAAUGUGCCUGAUGAAGAAACCAUUUUCCAAGCUCUAAUGCUGUGGGUGGGGCAUGAUGUGCAGGCUAGGCAACAAGACCUAGCAAUGCUGCUUUCUUACAUCAGAUUGCCGUUACUUCCACCACAGUUACUGGCAGAUCUUGAAAACAGCUCCAUGUUUACUGGUGAUCUUGAAUGUCAGAAACUCCUGAUGGAAGCUAUGAAGUAUCAUCUCUUACCUGAGAGAAGACCCAUGAUGCAAAGUCCUAGGACAAGGCCUAGAAAAUCAACUGUGGGAGCACUUUAUGCUGUAGGAGGAAUGGAUGCUAUGAAAGGUACCACUACAAUUGAAAAAUAUGACCUCCGGACCAACAGCUGGCUACACAUUGGCACCAUGAAUGGGCGUAGGCUUCAGUUUGGAGUUGCUGUUAUUGAUAACAAACUCUAUGUUGUGGGAGGAAGAGAUGGUUUAAAAACUUUGAAUACUGUGGAAUGUUUUAAUCCAGUUGGCAAAAUCUGGACAGUGAUGCCUCCCAUGUCAACACACAGGCAUGGCUUAGGUGUAGCCACACUUGAAGGACCAAUGUAUGCUGUUGGUGGCCAUGAUGGAUGGAGUUAUCUAAAUACUGUAGAAAGAUGGGACCCUGAGGGACGUCAGUGGAAUUACGUGGCCAGUAUGUCAACUCCUAGAAGCACAGUUGGUGUAGUCGCAUUAAACAAUAAGCUAUAUGCUAUUGGUGGACGUGAUGGAAGUUCCUGCCUCAAAUCUAUGGAAUAUUUUGACCCACACACUAACAAGUGGAGUCUGUGUGCUCCAAUGUCCAAAAGACGUGGAGGUGUAGGAGUUGCAACAUACAAUGGAUUCUUAUAUGUGGUUGGGGGUCAUGAUGCCCCUGCUUCUAACCAUUGCUCCAGACUUUCUGCCUGUGUUGAACGGUAUGAUCCAAGAAAUGAUUCAUGGUCAACUGUGGCACCUCUGAGUGUUCCUCGAGAUGCUGUUGCUGUAUGUCCCCUUGGAGACAGACUCUAUGUGGUUGGAGGAUAUGAUGGGCAUACUUAUUUGAACACUGUUGAAUCGUAUGAUGCACAGAAAGAUGAAUGGAGAGAGGAAGUUCCUGUUAAUAUUGGAAGAGCUGGUACAUGUGUUGUGUUGGUGAAGCUACCAGAAACUAUCUUUAUCAAAGGGGAGGAAACGAAAUAAUCUCAAGAAAUGGAGCAGGAAGAGAAGAGGAAGAAGAAACUUGUCCUUUCCUUCGAUUAGUAAUCAAACAUGAAAAUUCUUGUGCCAUUUUAAUGUGUAGUUAUAAAUGCUCUCAUUUGUGAAGCUAAAGUAAGGUUUGAACAUUAACUACAUAUAGGUGUUUAGUGUAUAUGUUGCUGCAGUUAAUAUAAAUGAAAAGUCAGUAGUCUAGGUUUAGCCUUAUUAUUUUAAAAUGUUAAAAACGUUUCAGGGAAAUUGAUAGUGACCAAAGUAUUAAAGGUUAUAAGAGUAUGAGUAAUUUUAAGUUAGUCUGAUAAGUUAAAAAAACAUUACAGUAUACUAACACAUAUAUAUGGAAUUUAGAAAGAUGGUAAAGAUAACCCUAUAUGCAAAACAGAAAAAGAGACACAGAUGUACAGAACAGACUU